GUAGCAGUAUUACCAGAAAGAAAAAUCACAAAGAAACUUAUGAGUUAAGCAAGUAGACACACUCCCGCUCCUCCACCUUCUCAAAACCCUAAGCAUAUAUGCAUAAAAUAAAUAAAACAAAAAGAGUCUCACAAUUACACUGUGGACACACUCAUAUCUUAUUUUAUUCAUCUAUACAUAAUUGAUAUAAUAUUCAAACAUAUUCCAUAUUUAUACAUGUGGAUGUCUAUAUAUGAAUAAAGGUCUUUCUUUACCUUUGCCUUCUCUCUCUUUCGCUAAGCUCUUCUCUACUCUUCUUUUCUCUCUCUAAAGCUCUUUCCUUUGUUUUUAUUGAUGUAGUUCUCCACUUCUUCAUAUAAGUCUUCACCAGAAAAAAAAAAAGAGUCCCAUCUUUAAUUCUUUCAUUUGCUCAGAAACAAAAAAAAAAGUUAAGGAGAAAAUAGAUCAUCAAAGAAGAAAGAUCAAAGAUGGUUUUUUCUUCAUUCCCCACUUAUCCUGAUUCAUCAAACUGGCAACAACAACAUCAACCAAUCACAAGCACCGUUGGAUUCACGGGAAACAACAACAACAUUAGCCAGCAAUUCCUCCCUCACCAUCCCCUCCCACCGCAACCACAACAAACUCCUCCACCACUUCACCACAACGCUAACGGUGCAGGCGGUGGUGGUUCGGGUGGACCUAGCGGAUUAAUCCGGCCAGGUUCGAUGGCCGAAAGGGCAAGGCUAGCUAACAUACCACUGCCAGAAACAGCCUUAAAAUGUCCAAGAUGUGACUCAAGCAACACCAAAUUCUGUUACUUCAACAACUAUAGUCUCACUCAACCUCGCCACUUCUGCAAAUCCUGCCGUCGUUACUGGACAUGUGGGGGAGCUCUAAGGAGCGUUCCUGUUGGUGGUGGUUGUCGUAGAAACAAAAGAACCAAAAAUAGCGGCGGUGGCGGCGGUAGCAGUAGUAGCGGUAACAGUAAGUCACAAGACAGCACCACAAGCAACGACCAAUACCAUCACCGCGCCAUGGCUAGUAAUCAGAUGGGACCACCGUCCUCAUCGACUUCUCUGAGCUCGUUGCUAUCUUCUUACAACGCCGGAUUAAUCCCCGGACAUAAUCAAAGCAACAACGUACAUGGACUUGGAUCGUCUUUGACACCUCUCAAGCUCAUGACUCCCUUAGACUUCACUGACAACUUCACCUUACCGUACGGUGCCGUAUCAGCUCCUUCUUAUCAUAUGGUCGGUGGAAGCGGAGGAGGAGGAGGGGCGUCGGCUCUUUUGUCCAGUUUUGACCAGUGGAGAUUCCCGGCAACACAUCAGCAACUUCCUUUGCUAGGUGGUUUAGACAAUUCUUCAUCUUCCGGGUUGUACCCGUUUGAUCAUCAAAAUCAAACGGGCAUGCACCAGCAAAAUCCAAAAAAUACCUUCUACGACCUUUCUUCUGCUUCAUCAGCUAUGGUUACAGCCACAGCGUCGCAAUUAGCUUCAGUGAAAAUGGAAGAUAGUAACAAUCAACUCAACAUGUCUAAACAACUUUUUGGAAACGAACAACAUCUUUGGAAUUUUCAUGGGGCUGCAAGAUCAACCGCAGCCACAACUUGUUCGUGGAGUGAUGCCUCUAAUAAUUUCAGUUCCUCUUCUACUAGCAAUAUAUAAUCAGCCAUCGCUCUGUCGAAUCUAUUACACUUUGUUAAUUUCUUAAUGGGUGUUGUAUGAUUUUAUGUACUUAGUUGGGAGUUAGUACAUCGAUCGAUCUUGUAGGUUUUUUCUUUUCUUUUUCUAUGUUACUCUACAACUACUAGUUUUUUUGUGUGUUUGUUGAUUCUCUUGGUUGCUUUUUCAAGUUUUAAAAUUAGAGUUUUCUCUAUUGCAAAUUUUCAUUUUUCAUUUUAAGCAUGAGGAUAUGAUCAUACAUACGAGUUGUGAGGUGUUGUAUGAUGUUCUACCAGUAUAGUUUUUUACUUAUUUAAUAUAUUGUUGAAUGAGGUUCAA